UAGUUCCUUCAAAAAGUGUCGAAAGUCGAGUGUCGAGUGUCAGUGAAAUUGAAUUAUUGAAUAAUUUCAUUAUUCUGAUGAAUUAUCGGAAUAAUAGAGAGAUUAUAAGUUGAAAUAGUUUAUAAAACCUGAAGAAUAUGUCUGUUUCCAAUGAAGAAGCAGAUAUUCCUAAAAGCAUUCAGCAACUUUGUCGCUUAUGUUUGGGCGAUGAAUCGCUGGAAGAUAUCUUCAAGCAAGAGGAGGAUCUCCACGAGUGGAUUUUGGAUUUUCUUUCGAUAACGGUGUGCGUUGAUGAUAAACUGAGCAAGUCGAUUUGCUUCUGCUGCCGGACGCGGUUGCACGAGUUCCGAAGCUUCCAGCAGCAGUGUUUGGAAGUUCAGGACGUAUUGAAAGGUGAAAUUACAUCGAUUCUCGAUGAGAAUGCAUUAAAACUUAUUGUUACGGACGCUGCACAUGCAGAUGUGACUCACGGAGAGGGGGUUUCUGCGGAUUGGGAUGAAGUCUCGGAGAUCAAGGAAGAAGCAUUAUGCGAAGAGUUAUAUGGCCAUGAGACGGUUCAGGAUCUUCCGGAAAAAACAACCGAAUGGCAAGGAGAAGCUACUGGUGUUCCUGUUGUGAUUGACGAAACAGAAGAUUUUCACACUGAGGCAGUUUCUGGAUUGGGAGUUGGAUUGGUUUCAGGAAUGCAAGUUGAAGAGGCUAUCAAUCAACCGAUGGAAGAUAGUAUGAACAAUACGGCUAUUUCAUCGAAAGCUAAGCAAGAAAGCAAUCCAUCACAAUCUACGUACUGUGGGAAAAUAUCAGAAACCCAGAUGAAGAUUUACAGUCUCCGAAGAAUAUAUAUAAAAAAACGUUUUUGUCCAUUUUGCGAUAAAUCGUUCAACAGAUUAUCGCUUUUUAACAAACAUGUGAUUAAGCACAAAAAGGGACAAACGAAAAUAACUGCGAUUCCGGAUGAGAAAAUCCAGGUGAACAACCCAAAUGAAGAGACGGAAGUUGUAAAACAAGUCGACGAAAUAAAGGUCGAGGUGAUCAACUUAGAUGAGGAGACCGAAGAAGAGCUCGAAAAGGGCGAUGUUGUUUCUGUUGAGCCAAUGCAGGUUGAAUCUGAAACUACUCCAAUUUCAAAUGACGUAGUCGAGUCGAUAAAAGUCGAAGAACUGAUAAUAGAAGACGUGGACAUAGAUGAAGACACCAGUCCCCAGUCUUCACUGAUCGGUGACGAAUCUUUCGCGCCUGUGGAAGAAGAGGUUGGCAGAAAAAGUCUAGCAGACCAGAACACGAGAGAAAGUGAACUGCUAUGCGGUCAAUGUAACAGACAGUUUUUGUCAAAAAAGCAGUACCAGAUUCAUACGUUUUACGUGCAUGAGCCUUUCAUUUGCUCUGUUUGUAACAAGGGUUUCGUUUCACUGGGCCGCUUGGCGAUACAUCGAAAGUUUCAUAAAAGUAAAGUCGUUAUCGAUAAAACCAAGAGCGAGCUGGCAACAUGUGGGCAAAUUGCACGAAGUCGCGGUUUGCUAGAAAAAUUUGAAGCCACUACUCAAAUGGAACUUGCGAAGGUAUUCAACGCCAAUGAACAGUCAAAUAAUUGCGAUUUGGAACAAACAACAGAUGAACAAAGUGCGAUUGAAGAAUUGCAAGCCCCCAUUCCAUCGGUUAAUGUGAAAGUUUUCAAUCCCAAGCAAGGGCCAGCUAAAUUCAAACUGCGUCUCAAGAGCCUUGAGAGCAACCGUUAUCUGCGGAGCCGUGCAAGAAUUCUACAUGGAUCAAAAAAAUAUAAAUGCUCCAUUUGCAGAAAAAAGUUUAAUACGACGCGACGCAUGUGUGCACAUAUGUUGAUCCAUACAAGAAAAAACAAACGUUUGCUCCGACCGAUCGAGAAAAAAUUUGACUUAUCGAUUCACGGACCAAGGAUUUACCUGUGUCCCAUUUGUAGGAAAACAUUCAUACGCCUUCGGCAAAUGGCAGAUCAUAUGAAAGCUCAUCGGAACAGCGAAGAUCAUGUUAAACGAAAGGGAGAGAAGCAGCAUGUGGAGGCCAAACAGGUGCACGGCGAUCUAACUUCCACAAACUCACAGUGCCCUAAGGAAACCGCUACCAGAAAUCAGCUGAUCGAUCAUCGUAUUGUGGAUCAGAGUGCGCAAAAGAACACUAGCCCAGUUGAUGAAAUACCGACUCUAUCGCAUCGAGGCGUGGAAAUGCAACUUGUGGCUCAAACUUUGCCACAGGCCAUAGAUACAAGCCGCACUGAAGCUUCUAAGUUCACAUGCCCAUUGAUCCGUUGUGGUUUGAAAUGUAAGACAAUCAAUGAUUUGAAGCAACACUUGGAAACCCAUGAACCAUACUGUGGAAAAUUAUUUGUGUGCUCUCUUUGCGAAUGCCGUGUCCUGUCGAAAUCCAAGAUGGACGAGCACAUGGAAUGGCAUAGGCGAAAAGAAGAGCUUGGAAGGACUACCCAGCAAAAACGGAACAAUGAAUGCCAGGAAGAUGAAGUGAUUUGUCUAGAGGACGAUGACGAUGACAUCAUAGAACAGCCCGGUGUCGCAGAAAAGGUCGAAAAGACGAACUCUAAUCUCAGUAUUACGAAACCAAUCAUCCGGGCAGUGCGAUAUGGUACCGUGCAAGAUGCGGAUGGUCGUCUAAAGAGAGGCUGCGAGGCGAUUCAGAGAGAGACCUGUACUAUUUGCGCAAAAGAAAUUCAAGCAUCUCUGAUGGAAGGACACUUGAAUAGACAUGCAGGUGUACGACCCUAUAAAUGUGAGAGAGGAUGCGUUGACUUAAAUUUUUACUGUCAGUUAUUGCUGACAACACACUACACACGUGUACACGGGAACACACCAACUGAAUGCGACAUUUGCCACAAAGUUUACCCAUCUAAGCUCCGGAUGAAAUCGCACCAAAAAGAAGUCCAUCAAAAGAUCCAUGUGUGCAUGAACUGCCCUCAGAUUUUUGACUCGAGCGCCAGUCUUUUGAGGCACAUCGAAACGGCUAACCAUGCGAAACGAUACCCGUGUAAGAAGUGUAAUGCCUCGUUUGAUCGACAGCACCAGUUGACUAAGCACAUAAGAACAAAAAGGCAUUAUGAUAUUGAUCAGUCGUCAACGGUGCAAAUGGAGGAUUCUAUUGAGGUGGAAGAGGUGAAGGUCGAGACACAGGAUGAGGAGAUUGUAGAUGUCUCGUGAUACACCGUGAUUGAAAGGUAAGUUUAGAUGAAAUAUCACAUCGGCAUUUAUACGUUAGCUUCCAUAUAUGUCAUCGUUAAAAAACAGAUUCACAACUAAGUUGUGUCAUGCACUGAUAUACAAAGUAAUAUAAUAAAACUUCGUAGAAAUAUGAAGAUAUUUGACAUACGUAAGAAUAAACAAAUAAAUAAAACGAUUGCACCAAUUA